GCACCGUCACUUUCUAGCUGGAAUUUUUCUCUUGUUAAAAUCAAGUUUAUCGAUCAAACCUGACUGGCAACAGCCCUAAAAUGUUUUGCUGUCUGAAGUCACUGCCAGCCUCCAUGCAGAUCUGCAUGGGUCUGUGUCUACGCCAAGGCAUCACAGAGGAGGCGAAAAAGGCCAAACUGAAGAGCUCCAGAAUAGAGCAGGACCUGUGUGAGCAGGCCAAGACUGAGAUGAACGUGGUGAAAAUCCUCAUGCUCGGAGCUGCAGAGAGUGGGAAGAGUACUCUGAUCAAACAGAUAAAGAUCAUCCACAGUCAUGGAUUUUCUAAACCAGAGCUCAUCACAUUCAAGCCUGCAGUACUUGAUAACCUUCUGACAUCCAUGAAGUUUGUGCUCCGAGGAAUGGGCAUUCUCAGGAUAAACCUGGCCAACAAGAAGAACAAGGUCCACGCCCGCGCCAUCCUCUCCUGUAGCCAGUGUUUGGGUGAGGACCAAGAGCUGAUUCCCUUUGUGGCACAUGCUUUCUGUGCACUUUGGGCGGACCAGGGAGUUCGAGCAGCCGCAGCUAGAGGUUGGGAGUUUGAGCUGAACGACUCUGCACUCUACUUUUUUGAAAACAUGAGUCGAAUUAUCGCUCCCCACUAUGUCCCCACUGCAAACGAUGUUCUGAGGGUGAGGGUGAGAACGUGCGGCAUCAUCGAGACGCAGUUUCAAGUCAAUCAACUGAUUUUCCGGAUAUAUGAUGUCGGGGGUCAGCGCAGCGAGAGGAGGAAGUGGCUCCGGUGCUUCGACUGUAUUCAGGCUGUGCUGUUUGUGGUGGCCCUCAGCGGCUACGACAUGUCCCUGAUGGAGGACCCUUCAGUGUAUUCUUGCUGCAAUAUUCAUCAGAAUCGACUGCAGGAGAGUUUGGAUCUGUUUUCAUCUGUCUGCAUGAACCCCAUCUUCAGUCAAACUUCACUGAUUCUGUUUAUGAACAAAACCGACCUCUUUAAGGAGAAGAUCCUUCAUUCCGGAAGACACUUGAGGUUUUAUUUCCCAAGCUACAAAGGAGAGGACGCCGAUGUGGACGCUGCAGCGCACCACAUCGCCUCCAUGUUUUCAGCGCUAAACAAGCGACCGGAGAAACCGGUGAUGCAUCACUUCACCACCGCCACCGACACUCACAACAUCCAGGUGGUUUUCCAGAUGGUCAUUGAUCAGGUCAUGAAGGAGAACCUGACUUCAGUUCAGCUACUGUGAUGACCAAGCAUGUUCCCUCCUUUUUCUUUUUUAAUUCUGUUGCUGACAAAA